AUGUCGUCGUACCUCUCCAACCUGCUCACUACCACGACAUCACGCUACAACUCGCUCCGCCGCAACCUCCUCUCCGAAGAGACCGACGGAGACACCGAGGACGACUCGCACAUCUCGCGCGUUCUGCGCGCCUAUUACGUCGAGACAGGCCGUCCCUUCCCGCCAUGGCUCCCGCCCGACCCCAAGGCCCCGCAGUCGGCGCCCGUCCAGCAAUUCGCCCGCUCCAGCGCCCCUCAAGCCGCCAGCCCUGCACCCGGCAGUCGCGCCGGGCUCAGCGACCUCUGGGACUCGCCCGCCCAGCAAGCUCCCCCGGCGCAGCCCAUGUCGCUGCGGUCGCGCGGUCAGCCCCAACCCCGGCCCGGCACGGGCGGCGGCCGCGGCGGCUUCCUGCAAACAGAGCCAGCGGCAGCAGCCCAGGGCCGCCCGCUGCCCAGCCAGCGAGCCGGCAGCUACCAGAGCGCGCACUCGCAGGCGUCGCGCCCCAGCUUUGACGGCACAUCCAGCGGUGGGGGCUCGGCACAGGAGAGACUGAAGGCAAGACUAUGGGGUGGCAGCAGAAGCGGCAGCCCCGGCCCUAGCCCUGGCUCCGGCAGCCCUGGCCAGCGUCCCAAUCCUUUCGACAGAUCACAAAACAGCAGCCCGCAGGCGUACGGGGGCGGCGGCGGAGGAGGAGGAGGGGCUUACGACACGGCGGGCGGGGGAUACAGUCGACCGGGGCGGAUCGGACUGCCUAGCGGGCCUAGGCCAAACAGAUGA